UUGGCCAGAUUGGAGGACGUGGAGGCCUAUGGCGGCCCCAGCCUGGGCCGUCCUGAGCCACUGGUCCCCUUUCUGGAGUUUUCUCUGGGGAUCUGGAAAUUGACCCCUUGACAGCAACUGCGCAUUUGGGUGGGGAGCACGUGGAAUGGAGGAACACGGUCCUGGACCCAUGUCAGAUCUGAGCAGGUGGCAAUGGGUGCGCCCCCACUGUGGCCGCACUCUGGCCUCAGUUUCCUGAUCUGAAGGGUCCGGGCAGUGCCCGCUGAGCUGUGGUGAACAGUGUAGGGUGAUGGCACGUGGGGACGCAGUGAGUCCCCUCUGUGAUGGAAUCCAGUGUCGCCUGAGUCUUCCCUGAUGUCCAUCCCCAGCUCCUUCUUCUGUCUCUGGAGGCAGGAGAGCCAGGCUCAGCGGAUGCUGAUGGGACGCAUUCGGAGAUGGCGCUUCUGAGGGAUGUGAAGCAGUCCUACUUUUCUCUUCCCUCAGAUCACUUUCUGGAGACUGUACCCAUCCUUGAGAAAAGCCCAGAAAGAGAACAUGGCUCCAGAGCAAAGGGAAGGGAGGUCUCAGGAUUUCCAUUUACCAAACCAAAGAUGAUCUCCGUGCUGCAGCAAGGAGAAGAACCCUGGAAAGCAGAGAAAGAAAGUCAUGGCGGCUCCUCUCUUGGAUGCAACAGCAGUCUUCAAACCACAAAAUCAACUCAAACUAAAGAUUCAUCAUUUCAGGGAUUAAUGAGGAAACAACUCAAAAGAGAUGAGUCCUGGGACUUCACCUCAGGAAAAUUCUGCAGAGCUGACAAGAGUUUUAAAAAGCAGGACAAAAAUGAAAGCUUACAAAUAAUUUCAGUCACCCAUACAAAAAUCCUUACUGUAGAUAAAAGCUGUAAGAAAUUUGAAUUUGGUCCAAACGUCAGCCUGAAGUCAGUUGGUAAGCAAAAGGUUUCUAGAGAAAAAACACAAAGAAAUAGCCUCAAGGAAAAUUCAAAUUCACUUAAUCAACCAAAACGCUAUAAAUGUAGUACUUGUGAGAAAGCUUUCAUGCACAACUCAUCCCUUCGAAAACAUCUGAAAAACCAUACUGGAGAGAGAUUAUUUCAAUGUAAAGAAUGUUUGAAAGCUUUCAGCCAAAGUUCUGCUCUUAUUCAACAUCAAAGAACUCAUACUGGAGAGAAACCCUACAUAUGUAAAGAAUGUGGGAAAGCCUUCAGCCAUAGUGCUUCCCUUUGUAAGCACCUAAGAACUCAUACUUUGGAGAAAUCUUAUACAUGCAAAGAAUGUGGAAAAUCCUUUAGCAGAAGGUCUGGCCUUUUUUUGCAUCAAAAAAUCCAUGCCCGCGAAAAUCCUCAUAAAUAUAACCCAGGUAGGAAAGCAUCCACUUCUCUUUCAGGAUGUCAGAGAAUUCAUUCCAGAAAAAAGACCUACUUGUGUAAUGAAUGUGGCAACACCUUUAAGUCUAGCUCAUCCCUUCGUUACCAUCAGAGAAUCCACACCGGAGAGAAACCUUUCAAAUGCAGCGAAUGUGGCAGAGCCUUCAGUCAGAGCGCAUCACUUAUUCAACAUGAAAGAAUUCACACUGGAGAAAGGCCCUACAGAUGUAAUGAAUGUGGAAAAGGCUUCACUUCUAUUUCAAGACUCAAUAGACACCGAAUAAUUCACACUGGGGAGAAACUGUAUAAUUGUAAUGAAUGUGGCAAAGCCUUAAGUUCCCAUUCAACUCUUAUUAUUCACGAGAGAAUUCACACUGGAGAGAAACCAUGUAAAUGUAAAGUUUGUGGGAAAGCCUUCAGACAAAGUUCAGCUCUGAUCCAACAUCAGAGAAUGCAUACUGGAGAAAGACCUUAUAAGUGUAAUGAGUGUGGGAAAACAUUCAGGUGUAACUCAUCCCUCAGUAACCAUCAGCGAAUUCAUACUGGAGAGAAACCUUAUCAGUGUAUAGAAUGUGGAAUGUCAUUUGGCCAAAGUGCAGCUCUUAUUCAACAUCAGAGGAUUCAUACAGGAGAGAAGCCCUUUAAAUGUAACACCUGUGGGAAGAGUUUUAGACAAAGCUCCUCCCUUAUUGCACAUCAGCGAAUUCAUACCGGAGAGAAACCCUAUGAAUGUAGUGCAUGUGGGAAGCUCUUCAGUCAGAGAUCCUCCCUUACCAAUCAUUAUAAAAUUCAUAUUGAAGAGGACUCUUUGAGCACAGAUUUGCAUGAGUAAAAGCAAUUAACCAAAGUUCCUCAGAGAAUAUAUACUUCAUAUUGACUUAAUAUAGUGAAUAUGAGGAACUUUCAAUUUAGGCCUAUGAGAUUAAAAUUACAAGGAUAAACAUUGGUUAUGUAAUAAUAAAUGAGAAAAAUUUCCUACCUUUCAGUCACUUUUUAAGAUCAGAUACUUUGCAGUUGCAGAUAUUAACAUGGGCUGUUUAUAUGGUAAAAUGAACACUUUUAUUUUGUCUGCAUAAUAUAUAAUAUAUGCAAUAUAUAAACACUAGAAAAGUCUGAGUUCAGGAGUGCUGUGCUUUUGUUAUUAGCAAAAGGAACAUCAGCUAUUAGCAUAUUUACUAUAACUAAUAUUUUAAUAGUAAAUAAAUUAUAUGCAUUUUUGAAGCAAGGGACCAAAUUUAAAAAAAAAAAAAAACUACCUCACAGUGUCUGAAAUUUCCCUUUUCCUACGCUGUUGUCAAACUGCAUGAUUUUUAUUAAAGAGAAAAAAUUUCUCUUAAA